AUGUCUACCUCUGUUCCAGCUGCGGUCUCUUCAUCCACUGAGCGGUUAUUACCAGGGCUCAGCGAAGCCCUCUACGCGCCAUUCAACGAACCACCAAUCGCUAUCACUGGUCAUUCGGUCGUCUACCGGACCUUCUCUCAGCUCUAUCGCGGUGUGAUUGCCGUCAAAAUAAUCAACAAAAAAGCCUUGCCACCGGCUAUUGCAGACAAGUUCUUACCCAGAGAGCUUGAUAUAACAAUCAAAGUGCGACAUCCCCAUCUGUCAAGAUGUCUUGCCGUGCUAGCGCCUUCUCCAUCAAAAAUUGUCCUUAUUUCGGAGUUUUAUCAAAAAGGGACGUUACUGGAGCUUAUUCUACGUGAGCAACGAAUAAAAGAAGCUCCUCAAGGUGUGCGUAUGUUCCGCCAGCUGGCGGAAGCUGUCCAUUAUUUACAUGAGAGAAAUAUUGUUCACAGAGAUAUCAAACUGGAAAAUAUUUUGAUUGAUGGCAAUGGAGAUGCUAAGCUAGCCGACUUUGGUUUCGCCAGAUUUAUUGCUCGGCGGGAACGGUCACGCUCGUUCUGUGGCACCAGACCAUAUUCUGCUCCGCAGAUAACUCUCUACAGACCUUAUGAUUCGUAUGCAGCGGAUUGGUAUGCUUUGGGCGUAGUACUGUAUACCAUGCUAGUUGGCAAAUGGCCAAAGGUGAAACAUCUGCGCAAACAACUUGAUAAUCUGCCGAAUACGCCGCAAGCAACAAUUUCAUUUCCGGAUUCCACACCUUCCGCGGCAUGCCGGAGGCUUAUCGCUUCUCUUUUGGAACCGGACGAAGAUAUAAGAGCUGGAUAUCACGACUGUGUAAACUCAGAGUGGAUGGCGCUGCAACCAGAUUGGAUAUUUGCAGAUCAAAAUUUUGUUUAUCAACGUAUUCAUUCUCACCGAUACACUUGUUAGUUAUUCUUGAAUGUUAAUAAAGAUUUUGUUUGAAC